UAUCAGUAAUGGCGGACUGAGAACAUCCGACAUCAUCUGCGUGGAGGUCUCUAUCUUUCUUUUGCAAAUCGGUCAUCAUGCCGCCUAAAAAGGAUACGAAGGGAGGUUCUUCCAAGCAACCUCAGAAGACUCAGAAAAAGAAGGAAGGAGGAUCUGGUGGUAAAGCCAAAAAGAAGAAGUGGUCCAAAGGAAAAGUACGUGACAAGUUAAACAACCAGGUGUUGUUUGACAAAGGUACUUAUGACAAACUUAUUAAGGAAGUACCACAGUACAAACUUAUCACCCCUUCAAUCGUGAGUGAAAGAUUGAAGAUUCGCGGAUCUUUAGCCAGGAGAGCGCUCAUUGAACUCCACCAGAAGGGUCUCAUCAAACAAGUUGUUCAGCAUCAUGCCCAACUUAUUUACACUCGUACGACCAAGGGCGAUGAUCCAGCUGCAUAAUCACAUCUGAGUCUUGUAUAAUUUGAUAAAAUAAAAAAAAAAUAAUUUAAAAAAAUUUAAUUAUAAA